CAGGUGCUGCCAUCUGUAAUCGGUCAUGACCGACGAGGGCGACGCCUACCGGCUAAAAUGGCAAACUCACGUGCCCAGCUUAUGCACGGAGUUCAUGGAGUUACGAAAGAACGAGAGCUAUGUUGACGUCACUCUUGUUUGCCGUGGAGGGCAGAUCAAAGCACAUCGUCUGCUGCUGUCAUCAUGCAGUCCACUGUUGGAGCGACUGCUAGCAGCCAAUCAGGAGCCAGAAGCCACGCUCAUCCUGCCCGACCUGCAGAUAUCCUGUGUGCGUUCUCUAAUCGAGUACGUAUACACCGGUGAGAUAUCUGUAGCUGAUUGUGAGAUAGACGGACUGGUGGAAGCGGCUACCAUUCUUCAGGUUCGAGGGAUCGCGAUGGCAGGGCCGCCUCGGGCGCCUCAGCGUCCGACCAGCCUGCCUCUGCCACUGCCGUUCCUCUUCACACCGCCGGUGACGUCACCACUGAUGACAUCACCCAUGAUGACGUCACCGGUCAAAUCUCUACUACGGCGAGCAAUGACGUCACCAGUCCGAUCAUCACCUACAAAACGACGACGGAGCUCGGGAGAGAGUGAGGCAGAGCGGCGGAGGAGCGAGGCAGAGCAGAGGAGGAAUGAGGCAGAGCAGAGGAGGAAUGAGGCAGAGCAGCGGAGGAGCCGUCCUCGGGAGGAAUCACCGGCUGGGCGCUGCUCCUCGCCUCUGUUUGUGGACACCGAUGACGCCGACGAAUCCCGUAAUCACAGCGGCAGCGGCUCCGACGGCUCUGACCAGGUGACGUCACACGUCACCACCACGUCACAGGACGACUGUGUGACGUCAUGUGUGACGUCACAGAUGGCCAGCACGUCUCAGGGCUCGGAUGGAGACCAGUCUGAUCCAGAGACCAGUCUGCUGAACCCACAGGUGGAGCUCAGUGAGGGCGAGGGCCGAGUCCGGGUCAAAACGGAGGAUAUGACGUCACCAAUGACGUCACCGGUACUGGAGGCUACUGCGGGAAGCUGCGUGUUCUGCAAGAAGCACUUUGUGAGCGCCUCUGAUCUGAGGGAUCAUAUCAGCCGAGUGCAUGUCACCGAUCGGCUGGAGAAACAGUUCAAGUGCGACUACUGCCCGGCUGCGUUCGCCCGCUCGGCGCACCUGAAGCGCCACGUACGAACACACACCGGAGAGAGGCCGUACGCCUGUUAUGUCUGCCCUCGAGCCUUCAGUCGGCAGGAUAAACUGAAAUGCCACAUGGAUAGACACACUGAAGAGGAGAGGCGAAAGGCGCAGACACCGGAUGGCUCAUCUCUACCCAGCCCCACCAGCAGCAUGCAGAGCUACCUGCGCAGUCUCAACCCGGCCGGACUGGCGCUUCUAUCUCCCCAGCCCCAAGCGCCGCCACAACCAGUGGCCUCCUCAUCUGCCGGACCAGACAACCCGUUCAUCUCCAGACCUCAGACGUCAGCCGCUGGAGGAAGUCAAGGUUCCUCCGCCAACCCAGGUCUGCCUUACCUGCAGAAUAUCCUAGAUGAUGUGCAGAUAGUGAGGGAUAAGCGUCCAGCUUCUUAUUAUAGGACGGGGAGACGCGCUGCGGCGGAGACGCUCCUGGGAGCGGUGAGGCGGCUGGGAGAGUGCUCGGUGAAACUAGCUACGCCAGUGGAGUGACGUCAUUUUGAGGGACGUCACACUUACCUCGGUGUGAUGUCAUCGGUGGGAUGGUACGUCACCUGAAUGACGUUGGUGUGACGUUAUCCGGUGGUUGGAUUUGAGACGGCAGGGUUGAGAGGUGAACGAUGGUUUAUUCGCACUAAUCAAUAGUGCAAAUAGUGUGGGCGGCAGAAUGCACCCUUGUGGUAUCCUUGGGGCAUUAUUGAAAAUAGUACAGAAAAUGGCACACAACUUUUUGUUGCACCGGAGGUAAUUGGCAGAAAAACUGCAGGAGCUAAGAUGCUACCGAUCAGCACGCCAAAAAAGCUCGUUUUCUUGGCGGACAUUUUUGUAUUCAACUAAUGCUAACCGUGUUUAUGACUGACGAGACGCCACUGAUGAACUGACCGUUACUCAUGAGGGCAUCACUGAAAUUGACUGGCAUUCUGGGCUGAAAUGCUGAAAUUCUACCCAACACACCAGUGUGUGGCAUUCAUUCCAUAACGCAGCUUUAGCCGGACGUCUGACAAGUAUGUCAGUUGUUGGAUGUUGUGCUUUUUUGGAGUGUGCUGUUUUGAUUGGUGAUGCUGUUUGAAACUGGGAGUUUUUGCCUCUUGAUUUGCUUACUCAGACAGAGCAUUAUGUCUGCUAUGUUGUUAUUUAGUAGUAUCAACUCCUGUCCCUUGUUACCCAGUUAGAGGCUAUCCAAACGUUCAUGAAUAUUUUUCGAUCUCCUCGCUGCGAAUGGCGAUGUCCUUUAUCUCAGAAGAAAUCAGCUUUACUUUUGUCAACUGCUCAUUGUGUAUUUCUCAUGAUUUGUUUUCUGAUAACCUUCGUUAGAAUGAUGUAUGUCAUCCAUGCUUAUAUGCACUAGCAAGCCGCGUUACCAAGCAUUGUGAAUGAUGCGUUGACGUUGGUAAGCUAGCGUGCACACGGAUAUGGCUGGUUAAGAAACUCAGAUACAGUUAGUGUUGUGCAUUGUAUAGUUACCCCGUCCCUUGUGUAUUUCCCCUGUUUGUAUCGUAGGCCAGUUAAAUGGCAGCCAGACUGGCGUGCCAAAUGCGUGCUCAAACAAGCCUUGAGGGCAUUCUCUCAAUUUCGGGACCAGUUUCAUGGAGGAGUGACCGGUGCUCCCUCCUGAUGACGUUCCGGUGUCUCUUUAGAACGACAUAAAAACUCCCUUGAGAACUCGAGUACCGUUGUACUAUUGUAUCGGUGCGCAUAAGUACUGAUGGACGGUUCUCAAUGGGAAUGAUAUAGACACGGCCAACCGAACUUGUACCGUAAGUAAUGUAGCUAGAGUGAUACUCCAUGUCGACACGAGCCAGAUAUAGAUGCUAUGCUAGCCUGUAAUUCUGACUGUUGUAGUUUCUCGUUGGCAUUCUGUAACAUGGCGGAAGCUGUUGCAGAAGUCCUAGACCUCCCCCGGUGCAAUACGCGUUUUCUGUACAUACAUAGCUCUAUUUAUGUUUAUGGGUAUUAGCAUACUUCGUUGUGGGGUUAAAUGUUGCGCAAUGUACAAGCGCAGAAACUGAUUGUGACGUUGUUUUUGUAGCAGGUUGUGUUGCGCCUAGUUUUGUUACAUCGCGCGGGGUUUGCUGGCUUUGGGUCUGUUCUCAGUUUGUUCUUCUAUUCUGGUGGACGGUUGCUCGUGAAGUUGUAUUGCUGGUUGACUGGUAUCAGUAGACUCGAUGUGGCCCCUCGCAUAAUUCUGCAGGUUAAGAUAAGUUAGAAAUGCAUUCACUCUGUGAAUUCCAAGUGGUCAGUAAAUGACAUUAGGUAUGUUACAGUCUGUUGGAGACUUUAGCAGUUUCUGGCAGUCCAAUUCAGUCAGUAACAGUUGUGGCAUUUUGUUUGAUAACCUGCAGGGCUCCUGUUGCUGUCUGCCCUCGGUUGUUGUUUCAACUUGGGGAUACCUUACUGAAGAGAAUGGUGCUUGGUUGACUUUUUUAGUUUGGAGCAUUUGUGUGUUGGACGAUACGAGUAGAGAGUCUUUUGGACGUUGUGUGCGCUGUAGCGUUGUUUUUCCUUCUACUCAUGGAUAGGAGACGGAUGUGGGCAUUUCCUGUGUUAGAAAUAUUUCUACGUGUGGAUGACGUAGCAUUUGUACCAAUACAAGUUUUCUACGGA